UUUAAUACUUGCUGGUGUAACUGAUUUGAACUUUAAUUUUACAUCGAAAAAGCACGCCAAUUGGAAAUUAACCGAAGCUAGAACGCUGUAUUUGUUCUCAGGAUUUAAACGCUCGGUGAUUUUCAACCGAUAAUUGAUUCGCUGAGUAAAGCUUGAGCAUGGAGCAGCUGCAAACAGCAUUGACCGCUAUCAAGGUACUCCGUUCCAACGUCGGGCAAGUGUUUGAUUCCCUUGGAAAUGGCUUACGGGCAGAGCACGGAGAAGAGAAUAAAGAAUCCAAGUAUUUGUUUGAGUUACAGGAACUGUUGACCACUGUGAAUGUUAAUUUGAGGGACGUAGAACAGGCGAUAAGUAGUUUAAAUCCUCCACCAGGUCCGUUUAAUUUAGCUAGCACGACUUACCUUAGUCAGGAGACUACACAAGAAAGACAGGCGUUGUAUAGCACACUUGUUAACAGUUACAAAUGGACAGACAAGAUUCACGAAUACAGUAACGUUGCUCAAUCCUUGCUCAGCCAAAACUCGCUAAAGAGAUCUUACACAAGCUCAAGUAGAACAAAAAGAGGAAGAUAUCAAACCAGCAAUCAUAAUGUACCUCAGGCGCAAGUUGACUCUAUGAUAUCAACGUUUGAUCGACUAUUCAACGAUAUGACGGUAUCCGUGUCUCGUCCGUUUGCAUCGAACGCAGUAUUACAUGUUACACUGGGACAUGUCUUAAAAGCAGUGAUAGCGUUUAAGGGGUUGAUGAUCGAACGGGUGGUAGUAAAGGGUUAUGGUGAAACGAUGGACCUAUGGACAGAGUCUAGGCAUAAAGUCUUCCGUAAAGUAACGGAAAACGCGCAUGCCGCGAUGUUGCACUUUUAUUCGCCUACAUUACCCGAAUUAGCAGUGCGAUCAUUUAUGACAUGGUUUCAUAGUUUAAUCAAUUUAUUCAGCGAACCGUGCAAACGCUGCGGUUUGUACUUGCACAGUGCGCUUCCGCCGACUUGGAGAGAUUUCCGAACUUUGGAGCCUUAUCAUCAGGAGUGCAAACCAUAAGAUACAAGUUUCUCAAAGCUUGUAUUUUAAAUAAGUAAUCAAUCUUCGCAGGUACUUCAUCGAUAAUGUACAGUAAUAAAGCGUAAUGACAUUUGAUACUUAUAUUUUUCGUGAAUGCAUUUAUUAGUUGGAGUAUUGUAUUGUAUAUAUAUUAAAAUGAUAGAAUUGUGAAUAAAAAUACUUUUCCCUAUUUUAAUACAUCGCAUGCUAAUUAAUCUCGCGGUACUAUAAUAAUAUCUUCUGUUUUUUUUUUUUCAUGUUUUUUUGUUAGGGGAUGGUGACGAAGCAAGUAAAACAUUUUCACAGAGAAUGUAAGGGCUUUUAUAAAAAGAAUUCAAUUACAUAACACUUAAUAAAUGCAAAUCGCACAAAACAUCGUUCUAUGAGAGAAAAAUUGUAAAGUAUCAGACGGUACAUUAAUUCGAAACAACAUACGUCGUAUAACGCGGCACUGCCGAUCGCGCUCGCGAUAGAAAGCUGAUUAAAUGACUAGAUUUCUUGUUAGACCUGUUAAUAGUGACGUUUUGAAUUCCAACGAACUUAUAAUAUUACACAGUAAAAAUAGGACGCCCCCUUUUUUUCCAUUAUAGAAGCGAGAUGAGGAAAGGAAAGUAUAAUCGAAACUUGAUUAUCGUUCAGCGGAGAGAAUUGAUGUUUAGUGCUAACUUUUAAUAUUGUAAUAUACAAAUGAGCGAGCGCGUAAACGUUUUUUUUUUCCUUGGAAUAGCUCUGCGAUCAAUGUGUAUUUUUUUUUUUAUUCCUUAUUACCUAUAUCUACGUAUGUAUACACUCUUAGUGUCGUUAUAUGCUAUUUAGUUUUACAUAAUGCUAAUUAGUAUCAUAUGUAAAUAUAAUUACGUUGUAUUAUAAUAUACUUUUCACAUAACUGUACACAUUCACAUCUUGGAAUAUUGGCGCUCUCCUAAGGGGCGCAAGUCGUUUGAGUGGCAGUGAACUUAUUUUACAAAUCGUUAUUGUAAUCACUUAUUUUGUUGGACUGUUCGAAAUUUCUCGUUUUACCUUACUUUUUUUCUCUCUUUUAUUUCGUUUUGUUGAAGACUAAUGUUGUAAUGCUCAAUGAGUUAAUAAUGUAUCAUUGACUCGAAACCACUGAUGCGAUCAUUGCUUAUCUUCUUAUCAAAGUUGUGAUGAGUGCGAAAUACAUUAUUAUAGGUCUUCGCGUUUAAAAAGUAGUCGUCUUUAUAGUAUAUGCAUAUAUGUAUAUAUGUAUACGUUAUUACAAUUUUUUUAGAAACGAAUUAUUUGUUUAUAGUAUUAUACGUGGGUCAAUUACAGACAAGUGAAUUCAUUCAAUUCUUUUCCCUGGUAAGAAGGGCUAAGAAGGGCCUUUCCGCUGACGUUCUCUCGAGACGAAAGUAAUGCAGUGAUACGUACGCGCGCAGACGGAAAGUGCCUUUCUCAACUCGCACAUCUCGCAUUGAUUUUUAUAUAUAUUAUGUAUAUACGGCAUACUGCAUUUCGAGGGUAAAAAUUGCCGCGCGUGUAAAUGAUAUAUUGUUUUUGGUGCCAAUGUGAUCUGUCUUUUGUGAACACAUAUCGCAGCAUGCCUUUUCUCGGUGAGGUGGUGAUUGAAAGAAGAGGUUGUCGCAAAACACAAAUGGGUCGAAUAAUUUUACGGCUAUAAGAAUACCGAAAUGCGCUCUCGAAAUUUUGUCAUUUAGCAGCUAUAACGCAAAGAUUCGCGUCGAAUUCGAGGAUCUUCGAGACUCGAUUCGAUCGGUUCGAAUUAAUUGUCUUCUGGAUACAUGUUCGAUACUCAAACAGAAUAACAUAUCACAAUAAUGUCAAAAUGAUGUUAAAUCGUGACUGAUUGAAAAGUGACUUUUAAUAUUUUGAAGACAUUUUGAUGUCGCGAUCACUUGUUCUGCUUGAGUAUCAGCUUGCGAUGAUUUCGAAAUGGAGAUAAUAAUGACGGUAUAUAAUAAAUUCACGGUCCAUGACAUAAUUAUCAGCCAUCGCAGAGGUGAGAGAGGGAGAGAGAGAGAGUUUAUAUUCGCCUGUGUGUCUCGGUGAAGUUUCCAAUUAUAUUAAUUAGAUUGAGUGUUUACACCGUGCUACUAUCGCCUAGUAGCUAUAAAUAGUUUCUAUAUAUAUGUAUAUAUAUAUAUAUAUACGUCUCUAUCCUAGCUUUAUCAAUAAUUAAUAUAGUAUUCUGAAUUCUCUGAUAAUACUCGUAAUGCAAAGAGAUCUACUUUAUCGUAUCUUUUUUUUUUCCCAGUUCAAUAUAGCUUUAUUGCCUUUCUCACUGAUUCUGUAUGUUUUGGACAGCUUAUAAUUAAAAAACUUCUUCGGUUUGCUCGUUCGUUUGAUAUCAUAUAAUGACGUUUUGCACAGAUUCCGUCUAGAUCUUGCUUUUUUCCAUUCGAUUAGUAUCUCUAUCCUAAAUAUUAUAUUGCGUUUACGUUCGCAACAUUCGAAACCGCAAGUUGAAACUGCUUUGAAAGGAAUCACCGGAGAUUUCUUCCGUAGAAUUGAAAUUCUGAUCAUCGAAAUAAAAAAAUCAAGCUUCUUUGGCUUCUUUAUUCCUUUUAACGUUCAUAUUAUUUACACUUGCGAUUAUAUAAUAAUCUUUUCUUUCGUGAACUAAAACUUAGCGAACGAUACGAUAAAUAAGGAGAAAUCUUUAUUUCGAAUCCCGAUUUGUUCGAAGAAUUUGUUUAACUAUGUGAGCGGAAUUAAGACGAAUAGAAUGAAAUAAGAAAGAUUUGAAGAAAUUUUUAGAUCAAUCUUCAAUUUCGAUGAUUGGUGACUCGCAAGAUAAAGAUAGCGCGUUUCUUCCGAUUUUUGCAGGAUAAUCCGAUGGGUAUAUCGAGCUAACGCGAGGAAUCUAUUUAUCAUCAUUAUUAGCGUUCGAAUAAUUGGAUCCAUUUGUCACUAUCAGUAGUUGUGAAGCAAGAAUAAGUCAUCUUUCACUGCUCUAUAUCCGAAGGUCUACAGAUUUACGAAAAGUUUUUGUUUUUCGGCAAGUAGAACAUAAUCAUAAAAGUCAUAAUUAAGUCCUAAUGAUAUAAUGAUAUAUCAUCAUGACGUCAUUUACUUAAAAAUGAACUUGUAAGUGACAAAUAAAGUCGUAAUGGGAGACAACAAAAGAGAUAGAUGACACGGUGUGGCACGAUGAAUCGUUACAUCCUUGUUCGCCAAUAUUAAACAGAGAUGGGAUGAUCACUGUGUCGCACAGUGUCGCUUGUUGGAAAGCUCCCGAUGACGUCUUUACGAUAUUAUUGUAACUUCUGUGUUCUACUUGAGUUCGCACUGAAUUCUCAUAUGCGGCGUGAAAGGCUGCGUUCAGCAAAAAAAAAAAAAAAGCAGCUUGGCAAUUGAUAUACAAUUUUUUAAUAUUCUCUAACAUUUUUACAGUGAAUCUCAUUCUUAAAGACUGAAAAUUGAGCUACUCAUUCUCAAGACUGACUCAAUUUUUCACUCUUUGUAGAUUUCACUGCCAAGAAUUUAGAGAGUAGUCUUCCCCUUAGUUCCUCUAAAUGGACUAACUGAAUCACAUUAGAGAAUCUUACAACAGUUGUUAAAACUACUUUGUUAAACGUAUACUAUCGAUGCAACGUAAAACGGCAAAAGAUAGAAGCCACAUGUGGGGAUAUGAUUGCCGUCGAUUUCGUUGGUUCAUGCUAUCGCGAAAGUGAGAGGGGCUUCCCCGAAAGAGUCACGAUGCUCGAUCGAUGUCGGUAUCUCCAUCGCGGUGUUUUCUUUUUUGGGAUCUAGAACGGCAAUGAGUGGAGAUACAUGUCUGUCCUCGUUUUGUCACUCGUCGAUAAUGCUACUUUAGCGGGUAAACGAAGUACGCUAUAUAUUUCCGGUUAUACGGGAUUAUAUCGUACACUUGCUGUGUGACUUCAGCGACGUCUCUCAAGUACGGUAGAAGUAUACAAGUAUAUGCACACGUAUGUACAGCACGUAGGGAGGGAUCGUCGUCUCCCUCGGAGUAUUCCGAAAUAUCGAAUCGCCUGCACUCUUCCAUUAAAAAUGAUCGAUAACGGGGAUGGAAGGAGAGGAAGAAAGAUCAAUGACGGAAUAAGAAAAGGCAUGCCUCUGCGCAGACUGGCUGCUCUUAUUGAUUUUCCCGAUUCGGCCGAGGUGUCGAUUCCUGUCGCGAUAAAACGCAUCGGCGAUCGCGGUGUCGAUUGCAUAUCGCACAGAUUCGCACAGGAGUUGAAAUUAAAAUUCUAGAGCAAUUUUGAAGACGAAUAAAUUGAAGGAUCUUAAAAAAAAAAAAAGGGAAGUGAACUUCCGACGGAGCUAUUUCCCGCUCGUGUAUUUUUUUCGAGGAAUAAUAUUUCCGCAUUUAGAAUUUCCUUAACCUUUCGUCGACCAUGUGGAAUUUUGGCGCCUUAAUUCAUGCAUGUCUUUGAGCUUCAGUGCAGAUUUUUAUAUUGCACUCCGGACUGUAUAAAAAUCUGAAAACAUUCUUCCGUACUUAUGAAAGCUUCAACAACGUAUUUUUACUAUCGUAGAAAAGUCGAAUUGUAUUUUACUUAUUUUUUACGAAUUUAAGGGUCGCCGUACUAAUAUAGAAGAUUAUAUUGAAAAUUGAGUUUCAGUAAAAUAAAUUAAUUUCUAUAUAUCACUAUAUAUAUAGUGUAGCUUGUGGACAAAAGAUGUCAUAGGCACAAGGAUCAAUAAUGGCUCAGUAAGCAAGAAACAUUUUGGAACAUUUCAGCAAUAUUGUAGCAACGUUGCAACGUGUUCGCCAAUGUUAGACAGAGAUGGGGUGAUCACUGUUGCACAGUGUCGCUUGUUGGAAAGCUCCCCACAACUCAAAAACUAUCAUUAUUAAGGAUGCAUUCGCUUUGUUCGCCCUUGUUAUUAAUUAAAUAUUAAACAAGAAUAAUUGAUGCUCGCAAACACUGUAAGCUUAAGCGAAGGCAACCUUAGUCUUAUGUCUAUGACAUCUUUUGUUCACAUUAUCUGUACAGUACAGAACUUGCAGCAACGUUGUUGUAAUGUUUGCAAUAUUACUCUAAUAUUACUAGACAUUGUUAUAAUUUUAUUGGAACAAUCAGUGCUGUACGGAGGAUAUGCUACAGUAUAUGUAAACGCAAACUCACCGGGACACAAUUGUCUAUUAAUUAGUGCCUCUAACUAUGAAAAUUUACAAUGAAAAUGUAUUUUCGAAGUCCAACUUGGCCGGACGGAGAGUUAACGCCGAUUUCUUCGUUCGUCGAUUUUUGAAGGACUCGGCUCAUUGUCGAAUGCAUUGCAGAAAUAUUUUUAACAAGUAGUCAAGGAAUCGACAUGUUCACCAGGCCGAAGCAGGAAAGUGUGCUGUAGUGUACCCUGCGUUUUGUGAGAUAAAAUAUGAUUGAUUGGUUCGUGAGUAUAUUACGAUCGAGAGGCACCGUAUGAGUUCAACGUGAUCGCGAACGUCGUCGAGAUUACGGCUAAUCGACAGCUAAUUCCGAUGUAAUUUUCUUUAUUUUUUUUUUUUUCUUUUUGACAUUAAUUUAAUGCAGUUGGUCGAUGCCCAAUUUGAGAUCUUCGAUACGAGAGAUCGCUAUACUUCGAUCGUUAAACGCGCUGUUACAUUCCGCGACUUGUGAAGGCAAGUUAUUCCUUUUCCUGUCUUUCAGUUGCGGUGAUUUCAACAAAAAAAUCGCUGGCCUUCCCUCAAAGCGAAUACUUCUCGGCAGAAUAGGCAGAUUAAGAGGAAUCGGCAGAAAUUCGUUUUUGAUCCCUUUUAAUUCCCCGCUUUCACGAAGCACCCUUGAACGACAGAAUUUCUUAUCGGUUUAACGAUUCUUCUUUAAACGUUCGAAUCGUCAGGCUCGGCCAUUCGCUCGUAAAUUAAUUUUCCAGACUUCCACCCCUUUCGCGAAACGAACGAAUUCAGGGAACACUUUCGUCCCUCCGGCAAUCAGCGUACACAUUCGCUCUCGAUAAUUCCGGGAUCGAGCGCCGGAAAUGACGAAAAGAAAAUAUCACAGUGUCUCGAGGGCAGCUCGUAAUCUUUUUUAAAUCGUCGCGGAUAUUAUGGCAGUCGCAAUAGUACACCAUUAUCGUACGCCAUUCGUAAUCGUCGCCGUCGUCGUCCUCGUCGUCGUCGUCGCGAAAGUAACAGCGCAUGUUUCUAAUAAUUACACAACACGGUGCGAUGAAUCGUACAGAGGACAGUGUGAUACAAAAACGACACGUAGUCCCGACAUGAGUCCUAGAAAAUUAAUGAUAUAAAAGUGAAGAUAUAUAUUAUAGAUACACGUUUUCGCCUUUGCUCCGAAUGGAUGUGAGUAGUUCGGAUCGUGCAACGACGGGGGAUGAAUCCGGACGAAGGAUUCCGUCACCUUUCUCCCUUCCGCCGUCGCUCGAGACGCCCCUUUUCGGGCGGGCGCCGAUUUCACGAUUUCGAUAUAUCCUUCGAUGUCGCACGAAGUCCCGAGUGCACUCGCGCAGUGCGUGAGAUCGCGACGCGGCAAUCAUCUCGUAAUCAUCACGUAAUCAUUCCCUUUUCCCAAGCAUAUACUCGUCUAGGCACAAAUCACUUUCGCAACACCUCGGUUAUUCUAUCAUCGAUCGCGCGCUCGUCCCAUCGUCCUCGUUAACGUUACGCGCGGUGUCUUCUUCCGACUUCAAGAGGAAGACUCGAUAAGAAUCUUCCGCUUUCACCAAGAGGACCAUCUCGCAUUUGCCGUCGCAUUCGUCAUCUUUGAGAUUCCACCCCGUCAAGCGGCCGAGCGCCGAUCUCGGCAUCCCUCGUAGCAUAUUUAUUUUUUUUAUUCGAAACAUUCCCAUGCCGAAUUAUCUUAUCUUGU